AUGGAUUCAUUUGUUGAUGAUAAUCAGAGUGUUGAUGUUUUUCGUUUACUUCACGAUGAUAAUGUUGGUUCUUGUUCAUCAUGUAAUUCAAAUCGAAUGUUUCAUAUUGUAAAUUAUCAUGUUGAUGACGUUGUUGUUGUUGUGGAGUGCCAGCACCAACUACAAGUAUCUUCAUCGACUUCACCUACAUCAAAUCAAUCUCUUAGUCAAUCUUCAUCAAGUAUUAAUUCUGUACAAAUUACUGAUGCAACACCUAAUGAAACAAUUCAUGAUCAAGUAUCAAAUAAUUCUUUAACAAAUCCAAAAUCAUCUCAAUCAAGAAAAAGUUUUCCAUUAAAUUAUAUACUUCCAAAAUUUGAUAAAGCUUUUGAAGAAGCUGCCAAUGAUCCAUUACCAUCUGAUUUUGGAACAAGAUGCAGAAAGAGACAACAAUUAAUAAAAACUAUUCAUGAUGAUGUAGUCAACACUUAUGGAAUUGAUUUUUAUCCAACAUCGUUUGAAUUUGAUCGAAUGAUAGUCAGUGUUAAAAACAAGUAUCCAGCACUUUGUAAAAUAUUUGGUGAAGAUAUGAGUUUACUAACAUCAGCAUUAAAACAACAAUUCUCUCGUGAUCGACAAGCAUCUAUUUGUGUAUCUGAAAUAUUAAUGAAAAAACGUCAAUCAUAUGGUCAUCAAAUGGGAGGAAGAAAAUUAAAAUUUGUGAAGGUUGAUUUGGUUGCUCGUCAAGAAUAUUUGCUUGAAGAAAAAGAACAAUCAAACGAACUCUUAAUGCAAUUGUGUCAACAAGCAGAAUCAAUGCGUGUAUUAAUUAAUACAACAAAUUAUGAUUAUGGUCACAUUAAAAGUAAAAUGGAUUUAACAUAUGCACAUCGUCAGCGUCUUGUUCAAGAGAUGAAACCAAUAAAAGAAAUCAUUGAAUUAUAUCCAGCUUUAUCAAUUACUGACUUUUUUAUUCGUGAAAUCAAUGUUCAUUCUGAUCCAUUUUAUGGUGAUAUUGUUCAAGCAUUAAAAUCAAGUUGUACAAAAUUGGUCAAGCAUUUGGAUCAUCCACAAAAAGAAAAUCUCAUUGAUGAAGAACAACCACUAUUCAUAUUGGAACACAUGAUCAUGAAACGUUACAAGCACUCAAAGAAGUUUUUAUUAAGUCAUGAAGCGAUUGAUGCUUAUCCAAUGAUACAAAUACAAACAGUUCAAAAUAUUAAAAAUUAUUCCAUUGUUAUUGAAUACAACUCAAUUAUUACGACGAAUUCACAAGCUGAAGCAAUUGCUGUUUUAAUUGGAUCUUACGAAAUAUUUAAUGUAGAAUAUCCACCAAAGAUACGAGCAACAUUAGAAGUCCUCAAUGGUUUAUCAUUUAAAAAACGAUCAUUUUCGUUGUCAUUAGCUGAAAAAGAUUUUUAA